UUACAUCCCAGCUAACCACACUGCACUCCAGAACAACAUGUUUGUGGCUUCUUUUGUGUUUUCUCAGCAUUUUCUCUUGUUACACUUCAUCUAAAUUUGUAAAACCUAAUGUGGUUCUAAGUAUAACCUUGAAAGAGGGGAAAGGACUCUGUGUUCCUUUAAAGUGCGCAAACGAACACCAAGUUGCUCUUUCUUCCAGAGGAGUCUGACAGGGAAUGAGGUCACAGCCAUCCUCGCGCCACAUUAUUAUUAUUAUUGCCCGUUUCUUUUUUAUUCAGCCAAUGGCAACGUCAGUGGGCGUGUUUUGACUGAAAAAUCAGGAUGGAGACAGCCGCUGAUUGGCCUCGAUGUCUCGCGAUGAAGGUAUAAAACGGCGAGGAUCUCGUUGUUGUGUUUACAGUGAUAUCACAGAGCGCGCAGCAAACAGGUUGACUAUGAGAAAGCGCAGCCGCUCCAUUCAGCCACAUGGUUCCUCCGCCGCACACGCACGCUGCGCCGCAGACAGCCCGCUACACAUAAGGGACGUGCACCGCUGUGGACCACAGCGACGCGUUUUCAGCAGAGCAGGGCGAGUUUUCAGCCGCACGGGCAGUUGAAAGUUACCGGGAUUUUUAUGCACAGGUUAAAAGUUGAGAUCAGACGUCUCCAAAGAGGACUGAACUGAAAGAGACUUAGGAGAGAGUUCGAGGAACUUUUUUCAUCACCUCUGUGCGUCUGAAAUAAAAACAAGUGAGGAAUAUUUUUUUGUUUUACAAACAGCCGUUUUGGCCUCCCUUUUUACGCAGGUGAAUUCGCUUUUUACGCACGCAAACUUUGUCAAAGAACUGUGUUUUGAGGCGAGUUUGAGGGAAUGCUGGUGCAGCAUAUGAGCCACACAGAGAGCACUCACGCUCACUCACCCGGCGGGGACUCCACAGACACGGGAGAAAUGGAAUUGGAGAUGGAUGCGUCUCCGACUCCGAAGUCCCCCUCCUCUGGAGAGCGGAGCGACUUGGCGUGGUGCAAAACGCCGACGGGUCACAUCAAGAGACCCAUGAACGCUUUCAUGGUGUGGUCACAGAUUGAGAGGAGAAAGAUUAUGGAGCAGUCGCCGGAUAUGCACAACGCGGAGAUCUCCAAACGGCUGGGGAAACGCUGGAAACUGCUGAAAGACACAGACAAGAUCCCGUUCAUCCGCGAGGCAGAGCGGCUCAGACUCAAACACAUGGCCGACUAUCCAGACUACAAGUACCGCCCCAGAAAGAAAGUUAAGUCGGGCGGCGGGGCCAGCAAACAGGCGGAGCGCGGCGAGAAGAGCGGGGAACGCAGCGCCAAAGCCGGCGCUAAAAGAAGCGCCGCGUCCAAGACUGUGAGCAGGACGCACAAACAAAGUGCGGCAAAGGCGAGCUCCGCGGCGCAGGAUUACGCAUCUCCCGGUGACCACCAGACGCUUUUCAAAUCCAGAUCAGUGUCCGGGGCCAGGCAGAUCCCGGAGAAGCGCACCGGUGAGCCAAGGCGCGGCCACUUUUUCGGCAGCCUGGAGAGCGGACCGCCCUCCGUAGGAGUCCCGGCGAGCCCUACCCUGAGCAGCUCGGCGGAAUCCAGCGACCCGCUCAGCCUGUACGAAGAGCAGAGCCCGGCGGCCAGCGAAUCCACGCACACCGCGCGGCUCCGGUACGCGCGCGCUUCCUCUCCCACCCCGUCAGCCUCUCACUCGUCCUCAUCCGUGUCGUCCACGUCGUCAGACGAGGAGUUUGAAGACGAGCGGCUCGAUCUAAACCAGAGCCCCGGGUUUGAGAGCAUGUCUCUGGGCAGCAUGGGCUUCUCCGACGCGGAGCUCGACCGGGACUUGGAUUGGAACUUCGGGGAAUGCGGGGCGGGAUCUCACUUCGAAUUUCCUGACUACUGCACCCCGGAGGUGAGCGAGAUGAUCUCGGGAGACUGGUUGGAGUCCACCAUCUCCAAUCUGGUGUUCACCUACUGACAGAACCACGAAGACGAAACCCGACGUUGAAACCCUUCCCCCGCUCACCGGCGUGAGCGUCCAACGCAGAAUAUUUGCGCCAUUCUUUCACUAAAUACAGGAAAAUGAAAAGAAAAAAGUGGCCUGUAUGCAUGUUGAAAGCGCAGACGCGCGCAACAGACUUGGACAGCGCUUUGCGUGGACGCGCAGACGGGGGUGGGGGAGAGAAAUGCUUACUUUGCAUUUGGACACAGAGGAGUGAAUGUAAGCAGAGACUUCAGCUCCAGUCCGCGCAGGAUGAGGGGCUGAGCUUUGAAUAUUCAUGUCAGUUUUGGGUGAGGAACUGAGACGCUCACCGAAGAGCGCGUCAUGUCGGCUUUUGUUCCCGAUAUAGCCAACUCACAUCGAUCAUCAAGUUGAUAUUCAGGUGUUUUAUUUUCCCCUUUUCUAUGUAUUUCGCCCCCAAAACUCAGACUAGUCAACACGCAUGCCAUCCCCUCCCCAGUGAGCGGGAUUUUGAUGUUGUUAUAUGCGUAAAAUUGUCCAUUGCUGCGUAAUUACGCAUUUGACGUGACCAUAGGACACAGUUCACGAUCACCAGCUUCUCUUUCAACGGCAGGACUUUAAAGAC